AUGGGUGAAAAAGGUGAAACUCCACAACAACAAGAUCACUAUGAUUCCUCUUCUCCUAAAGACCCACUUGAUGAUUCUUUAGAAACAAGGUCUCACGGCGGUAGCCACCACCACCACGGCCACCAUCACCAUCUCCACCGUCGCCACCAACACCAACAUCAUGAUUCGUCUCUCAUUGUUGCCACUCCUUUCAUCUCAACGCCACUUUAUCUUUCCACUACAGCUACUCCAACUACGACGGCGUUUGAGGCUGUGAACCCAAAGCGGACUAGAUACACGGCGGGACAGUGGAAGCUUCUCCCAUCUCCAACCACCUCUCAGCCGGCGAUACCUGUGGUUGGGAGUGAUUCUAGUGCAUCUCCUUCGCAGCGUCGUCCGGGUGCCACGUCAAAUGUUGGCCCUGCGUCUUCUUCGGAUACGACAUCAUCUCCUUCUCAUUCACCGCUGCCGGCGAGAAGUAAAGGAGAAGGGGAAUCUCAAAACCAGGCACAAUAUAGAAAGGGAAAGUAUGUCAGCCCAGUUUGGAAACCCAAUGAGAUGUUGUGGUUAGCUAGGGCUUGGAGAGUUCAAUAUCAAGGUGGUGGAUCGUCUAAUGAAAUUGUUGGUGGGACUGUAGUAGGUCAAGGAGGAAGAGGAAUUGGAAAAACGAGAGCGGAUAAAGAUAGAGAAGUGGCUGAGUAUCUCCAAAAACAUGGGGUUAAUAGAGAUGCAAAAACAGCAGGAACGAAAUGGGACAAUAUGUUGGGUGAAUUUAGGAAGGUUUAUGAAUGGGAAAGAGGAGGAGAGAGAGAGCAAUUAGUUGGUAAAAGUUACUUUCGUCUUUCACCUUAUGAGAGGAAACUUCAUAGACUUCCUGCCUCUUUUGAUGAACAGGUUUUUGAAGAGCUUUCUCAAUUUAUGGGCUCCAAAAUGAGAAACAAACCAACCCCAAUUCUUCCUUUAACUACAUCCCUCCCCCCUCCUCCUCCUUUUCGAGAUCAUCAUAAUCAACUCCCUCUUUCGAGUCGUGCAAAAGAAGUAUUUGGAGUUGAUUAUGGCUCGGUUGAUGCGAGUUGUCAUCGUCGAAUUGGAAAAGUAAGAAUGGUAUGGGAGGAGUCGGUGAGUUUGUGGGGUGAAGAUCAAGGAGUUGGUGGUGAUCAAGAGCAUAGAUUAGGAGGGAGGAUUAGAGUUGAAGGGUGUGGGUUUUUAAAUGCUGAAGAGCUAACUUUCUUUGAUGAAUCAAUGGUUGCUUGCACAUUGGAAUCUUAUGAUCAUGGCCCUCUCAAAGGCUUUUCUGUUGAUAGAUUUGUUUCAGGACAGCAAAUCAAAGUGUUUGGCAGAAGAAAACCCCCUUCUCUUACAUCUCCUUUUUACACUUCCACUGCUCCUCCUCAUAGACUCUCUAUUCUUCACUCAACUGAACUGCCUUCAAGAUCAAAUACUUCAUGGGAUUAUCAAGAUCCAACCGAAUACUAUGUCGGGUGUCUACGAAUCCCACCGACAUCUCUUCCGAGCUUAUCGGAGCUCUCAUGGCACAUACAAGACCCGCCAUCUGAGGAGCUACGAUUUCCCAUUAGAAAAGACGCAUACGCAUACUUACCGCAAGGUAAAGAGGUUAUGUUUACAACCACAACCGAAAUGUUAGAUUGCAAAUCAUUCAUUUAUGAGAUUAUAUGCCCUAUCAUACGUACCAACCCUUGUAUUGCCACCCCAUCAAGUCGAGACUCAUUCAUAAGCCUUUGGGAUGAUUGCAUUAACCGCCUUGUUUCAGAAUUUUGUUGCAUGGAAAUGCAAUUAAUUCGUAAGCCAAGUAAUCCCCCAUCAUCUUCAUCCACCACCACCGACAAUUUGCUAGAUGAAUGGCCAAAUAUAACGGGUUUCAUAAAAAAAUUUUGUUUAUGGAGAGGUGAAGAAACCGAUCAAAUCAAAGAUAAUGGUCUCAAUAAUAACCCUUCUAGCUCUUUAGUGGAUAAGCUUCUUUGGACUUACUUAGACAUUCCUUAUGUAUUGGGAUACUAUGCAAUAGGUUAUUUGGUCACAUUUUGUGCACUAAGUCGUGGACAAGAUAAUAGAAUCAUCCGAACUGAUUUGUAUUCAUUAGAUUUAUCAUCUCCUAGUGAGAGACUCAAGGCCUUAGUUCCAUGUUAUAGAAUUGGUGGGAUUCUAACAUUGUUAGCUGAGCAAUGCAACAAAUUGGGAGUUUCAAGUGAUUUUGAGAGAAUUGAUGUGGGAAACGGAAUUGUAGUGGAAAUGACACCAAAUCUAGUCACCAAAUUUUUCUCAUGCAGAAGAAAAUGGACGGCAGUGAAAGAGAUUUAUGAUUUCUUGGAUCAAAGAAUCCCACAUUCGGAGUACAUAAUUGGAUCAAUCGAAAAAGAUUUAGCAUUGGUUUUUAAGCCAAGGGUUUGCAAAUUGAGACCAACAAGUUACGAGCAAUUAAUUGAAGCAUUGAAGAAUGUAACAAAAGCACUUGUGGCAUUACAUGAUUUGUGUUUCAUGCAUAGAGACAUUUGUUGGGAAAAGGUGAUGAAAAAAGGAAGGGAUCAUAACGAUGAAGAUGAAAAUGAAGAAGAUGAAGAAAUGAAAAGGGUAAAAGGAGAAUGGAUUUUAUGUGGGUUUGAAGAGGCGGUGGGAGCCCCGCAGAUAUACCCGUACACGGCGGCGAGUGGGAGACACGCGCCGGAGAUGGGAAGGGGUUUGCAUGGAGUGAAAGUGGAUAUGUGGGGAGUGGGAUAUUUGAUUCAAACUUGUGGGUUAAUUGGGAUUCCAAAGAUGUUAAUGGAGCUUCAAAAUAGGUGUAUGGAUCAGAAUCCUGAACACCGGCCAACCGCCGCCGACUGUUACCACCACCUGCUGCAGCUUCAGUCGUCACUGUCCGGGGCAGCCGGUGGAAGUGGUGGUUUGAUGUGACAGGGUGUGUUAAAAAGAUCGAUUUUUUUUUUCUUUUUUUCACUUUUUCGUUGUUGGAUUUUGAUGGGUUUGUUUGUUGAGAGAAUCUAAAAUUGGUUUUUUUUUUUUUUCAACCUUAAAAUUAAAAAAAAAAAAAACAAAAAACGAAAAGGUGAUUGAAACAAGAAGUGGGUUUCUAGUAAAAUUCCGGUCUUUCAGCUCAAGCUUCGAAAAAUGGCGGCUGUUUUUCUGAUUCUUCCCGUUUAGUUUAAUCAGAUCAAAUCAGCCAAUUUUCAGGACUGAUGUGUAAGUUCAACAGUGUUUUUUAUUAAUUUUUUUCCCCACUUUUCUUCACGCUUUUUUAGAUCAAAUCACUCCCUAUACAU